UGUAUUUGUUUUUCAGAAUGGGAUUAUCUCCUCUCGCUGUUUUGGCCCCCUAGAAAAAACUUUCGCUGGAGAGGGCACAAACCAGAGGAAGUUAAAGCGGGCCAUCUCACUCUCACUGACUAUCAGUAUUUUAUUUUAUUUAAACCCUAAUGCUUUCCGUCGCUGAAUCCACCGUCUCCUGCGCCAAUCCCUAGCUUUUUAUUUAUUUUCGUUUCUCUGAAUUUCUCUCUGUAAUUUUUUUUUUUCAAGAACAUUCUUUAAUUAUUUUGUUUAGGUUUUUUUUUUUGUUUCCUCGUGGGUGUGCUUUGGGGGGGUUAAAUUUUUGAGGAUGGAUAUCGAGCAAAAACAAGCAGAGUUAAUCGAUCACUUCGUGAACCAAGCGUCGGUUCAAAAGGGAUCGGCUCUUGGCUCCGUAAUCGUCGAAGCGACGUCGCAUCCUUCCCUCUUCGCCUUCUCCGAGAUUCUUGCCGUGUCCACUGUCGCUGAGCUUGAAGGAACUGAAAAUUCAGUGUACCUUGAGGUGCUUCAGUUGUUUGCACACGGCACAUGGAGUGAUUACAAGAGUAAUAGUGUUAGUCUUCCUCAACUGGUCCCUGAUCAAGUUCUCAAGCUAAAGCAAUUGACUGUCCUUACACUUGCUGAGACAAAAAAGGUCCUACCAUAUGAUCAACUGAUGCUGGAGUUAGACGUCACAAAUGUCCGUGAACUUGAAGAUUUUCUUAUCAAUGAGUGCAUGUAUGUGGGUAUAGUCAGAGGAAAGCUGGAUCAACUGCGAAGAUGUUUUGAGGUGCAAUUUGCUGCUGGGAGGGAUUUGAGGCCAGGACAACUUGGGAGUAUGAUACAAACACUAUCAAAGUGGUUGGGUACAUCAGACAACUUACUAAUCUCAAUUCAAGAGAAGAUAAAAUGGGCUGAUAUGAUGAGCGAGUUGGACAAGAAACAUCAAAAGGAGGUUGAAGAUAGGGUGGAAGAUGUAAAGAAGUCCCUCUCCCUCAAGAAGUUACACACUGUAAUCAGGCCGAUGUUGACUUCCGAGGGCUUGAGGAGAUCUACUCUGAACCUAGUGGAGUGAUGGACUAUGAGGAAGACCGAAGCCGACCUAAGAGGAGACGGCAUCCAAUGGCCUGAAGAUAGAGCGUGCAACUGAUUGGAUGGGUGUUUAAGUGACCAGCCAGAUUUUUGUUCCAGCAACAGAUGAUUCUACAUUAGGGACAGUGAUACUGCUGCUUUCUUGGUGAAUUUGCCAUUGUUUCUUGAGACUAUGAGAAUUGUUAGAUUGUUUUGAACCCAUUCUUAUUCCUGUUGAGUUGGGAAAGAACGGGACCAAA